AUGCCUCCGCGUCGCGAAAGGAAGACAUGGACGCUGCCUGCUGCCCCCGGCCCUUCGCUUCGGCAGCGUGUGGAGCAGAAGGAGCGCGAGGCAGGGUUGCGGUGCGAUGAUCCCUCGUGUGGCGUUGGCCCGUCUGACGAAGACCCCGUCCCCGAGAUGUUGGCUGAGUUGAUGAAACAGGUCUCGAUACAUCCCCUGUUGCAUCCAGGAAAAGGAUCCGUGUGCGAGCAUACAUUCCACCCUUCGUGCUUGGUCAGUGCGGAGCGCGUUGCUGGGUGGGGCGGGGAGGAUAAAGCGGAGCCGCACGUUGAAGUGUCAUGCCCAGUGUGCCGCGAUCUGGGAUGUGUCACGAGGGACGAGUGGGAGGAGGGUGUGUCGACCCUCUGA